AUGGCAGAACUGUUUCGUUAUAUCACUCCAGUGAUCGUAGUUAUGCUUCUUCUCUUCUCUAUCACACGUGCUGAUUUACCAGGCACGUGGGAGUUCAUCGUACAAGACGCCGGUAUAGCCUCCAUGCACACGGCGGUUACCCGGUUCAACACGGUGGUUCUUCUCGAUCGGACAAAUACCGGACCAUCCAGAAAAUCUCUUGGCCGGCACCGGUGCCGGAAAGACCCAUACGACGCCGUUCUGAAACGUGAUUGCUACGCUCAUUCGGUUCUAUUUGACCUUGGUACAAACCAGAUCCGACCACUGAUGAUUCAAACCGACACAUGGUGCUCUUCGGGUCAGUUUUUAUCCGACGGUUCUUUACUUCAAACGGGUGGGGAUAGAGACGGGUUUAAAAAGAUCCGGAAAUUCGAACCGUGUGACCCCAACGAGACGUGCGACUGGGUGGAGCUCCAAGAUACUGAGUUAAUAACCGGCCGCUGGUACGCUACUAACCAGAUAUUACCGGAUGGUUCGGUUAUCAUCGUCGGAGGGAGAGGAACCAAUACGGUUGAGUAUUACCCUCCUCGCGCAAACGGCGCCGUUCCGUUUCAGUUCCUUGCUGACGUGGAAGACAAACAGAUGGAUAACCUCUACCCUUACGUUCACCUCCUCCCCGACGACGGCGGAAACCUCUUCGUCUUCGCCAACAGCCGCGCCGUCAAAUACGACCACCGUACAAACACCGUCGUUAGAGAGUAUCCGCCUCUAAUCGGCGGUCCUAGGAACUAUCCGUCGGGUGGAUCAUCGGCGAUGCUAGCGAUCCAAGGCGAUUUCUCCACGGCGGAGAUUCUAAUCUGCGGCGGAGCUCAAUCCGGCGCUUUCACCGCGCGUGCCGUCGACGCGCCGGCGCAUGGAACCUGCGGUCGAAUCGUCGCCACCGCGGCGGAUCCGGCUUGGGUGACGGAGGAGAUGCCGUUCGGGAGGAUCAUGGGAGAUAUGGUGAAUCUACCGACGGGAGAGAUUCUGAUCAUAAACGGUGCUCAAGCUGGAAGCCAAGGAUUCGAAAUGGGAUCCGAUCCGUGUCUUUACCCGCUUCUAUACCGACCCGAUCAACCAAUCGGUUUACGAUUCAUGACAUUGAAUCCAGGAACCGUACCGAGAAUGUACCAUUCGACGGCGAAUCUGUUACCCGACGGGCGUAUCCUCCUCGCCGGAAGUAACCCUCACUACUUCUACAAGUUCAACGCCGAGUUUCCCACCGAGUUACGUAUCGAGGCAUUUUCUCCGGAGUAUCUUUCGCCGGAUCGAGCCAAUCUCCGACCCGAGAUCCGGGAGAUUCCGCAGAUCGUGCGGUACGGUGAGGUAUUCGACGUGUUCGUGACGGUGCCGUUGCCGGUUGUUGAGACGAUUCAGAUCAAUUGGGGAAGCGCGCCUUUCGCGACUCACUCGUUCUCUCAAGGUCAACGGCUCGUGAAGUUGACCGUUGGACCGUCGAUACCUGACGGAGAAGGACGUUACAGGAUUCAAUGUACGGCUCCACUUAACGGCGCCGUUUCUCCGCCAGGGUAUUACAUGGCAUUCGCCGUUAAUCAGGGGGUCCCUAGCGUCGCUCGCUGGAUACGUAUAGUUCUUUGA